AUGAUACCCAAAGCGUACGGUUGUGCUUUUUUUACUUUGACCCUUCUCACCGUUUUAGCCGCGAGUAAGAGUUCCGACGAAUACAAACCGGAAAUAGGGAGAGUUGGCAAAACAAAAAAGGCGAAAAUGGGUGAUAAAACAGCUAUUGGUACGUUCACUAAUGUGAUAACACAGAUUCAAAAUUUACCAACGAUGGAACUGGGACGGCGAUUCAGAACUCCCUGUAAGACUGGCAACAAAUGCGGAAAGGUGAUAAAAAGGCUUAUGGUGCCGAAGCUGGCCCAACUGGAGAAUACAAUAAUGGGCAUUAUGAAGGAACUGAGCAAAAUGCCCCCAGGCUCGCGCCUGCCCGACAAGUACACGAAGACGGAACCUAUAAAGUUGCUGUUAGACCAGAAUUACAAAGAGGAAGUCUGUAUGGAUAAGCUGGAGUCUUGCCUAAAGGAAGAUAAACGACGGAAAAGGAUUUUAAAGAAGUUAUUCUUCAAGAAAUAUAACGCGAUGAGACAAGAGCUCAUUGGGUACGGCGGACGAAGACUUUGGGGACACCAAGCUGUCGACGAUAGUCCCUUAUUUACCGUGACUCGGGCACCACGAUACUUCGGCAUUCUCCAAGAUCAUCGAGGGCAACCGCUCUCGGUUGAGAUAUCCGAGGAGUAUAUGGACCAGGACUACAUUGCGACUAAUAGGAGACGACAUAAGAUUGACUGGAACAAGACACCACUAGACAUGGAUGACUUCGAUGACGACGACACCGAAGAGGCAUUUGACGAGAAGGAUAAGGAUGUGAAACUGCCAAACAAGUUCAAUCUUCAAGCUGCUGGUCCGGUU